AUGGAUUUGUCCACUAGUUCAAUUCUGAAGAAUUCAACUGAAUACGUGAAAGUCAAUAGCUCGCAGAAAAAAAAUGAAAAUGUUUCGACAACAACUCCAUGCAUUUCGAUAGACGGUAAAAACUUUGAAUUGCGCGAACUAGAGAAUCGUUUGAAAUAUGGUUUACAAAAAUGUAAAAUGAAAGAUAUGACACAAUUAGACGAAAGGAUAAAGCGAACAGAAGAACGAAUUCAACAAUAUGAACAUGAGGAUAGAAAUGAGGAAGCUGAGAAAGAAAGAAAAUAUGUAAAUGACUUAAAACAAUUGAAAAUACUUGCCGAAGAAAACUCUUCUUUACUUCUUUCGUACACAAUCGACAAAUUAGACUUGAGCGAAUUAGAAAAUCGAUUGGAAUAUGGUUUCGAAAAAUGUAAAAUUAAAGAUGUAAUACAAUUGACAGAAAGAAUUAAACGAACAGAAAAGCGAAUCGAACAGUACGAAGAUGAAAACAGAAUAGAUGCAGCUGCGCAAGAAAUGAAAUAUCUGCGCGACUUGGAACAAUUAAAACAAAUUGCCGGAGAGAUUUUUUUUCGAAAAUCGACUGAAACUAAUUCGAAAAAUGAUGAUAGGUUCAAUCAGAUGACUUCUGUAAAAGAAAUAGUAGACAGUGCAGGAUAUAGUAGCACCUUCCAUGAAGAAAAAGAGAAGCAAGAGGAACUGAAAAAUUUACUUGAUGAUUUAGUUGAUAUGCCUUGUUGUGCUGAGAAAACUAUCGUGGAACUGUUAGCGCAUUUUCAACAGAAAUUACUCACACAUUCCAUAGGUGAAAAAACGCCCGAUUCAAUAAUUUUGACAUUAGAAAAAUUACAAGGUCAAAUUCAAAAAGAGGAACUAUCUUCAGAACAAAUAAGAAAUUAUUUUCAAGAUUUAAAUCGAACCGUCUAUAACGAAGAUUAUUCAUCGGCAAUACGGAUAUUAACAAAAAUCUUAAAGAAAAUUAGACCUUUAUGUCUACAGGAGAUACAAAGACUCGUAGAAAAGACGAAAACAGCAGCUACAUUAAUCAAUAAUAAAGACAUCACUCUGUUAGUAGGUGCUACUGGUUGUGGAAAAUCGACGACAAUUCAGUUUCUUUCUGGUGCUAAGAUGAAAGACACGAGGGUAGAAAUCGCUCCUGGGAAGUUCUUAGAACAUAUAACAAUAGAUGGACCUAUUAGGAAUCCUGGAUUAAAUAAUGUGACAAGUAGUCCGUUGAGCAAAUCUGAAACUCGAUAUAUUGUACCUGUUACAAUACAAUUGCGAGAUAUUUUCGGUCAUUAUGAGACCGGAGAGAUUAUUCUAUGUGAUACACCAGGUUACGAAGAUACGGAAGGUCCAGAGGUAGAUAUUGCUAAUAGUACAGGAAUUGUUGAAGCUCUCAACAAUUGCAAAAGUGUCAAGAUACUUGCUCUGACAAGUUAUAGAAGUUUAGGAGAUAAAGGAGAAGGUAUUCAAAAUUUGGCACACCUAUUGAAUAAAAUGAUUAAUCGAAUUGAAGAUAGACUUUAUGGUAUCUUAUAUGCAUUUACAAAAUAUCCUGCAACAAUGGAUAUUCAUGCAACGUUAACUAGUAUUAAAAGUUCAAAACUAGAUGUAGAUCCAAUUUUAAGAUCAGAUCAUGCUUUUGUAGCAGUAUUAACAGAUAUGAUUGAUAAAACUAAACACUCUACUGAAAAAAUUGAUCCCAUUCAUGAUGAUCCGAAAAUUUUAAUUAAAAAACUCAAUCGUCUAAAUGGUAUUUGCUAUCCCGAUGAAGUUUUUCGAUUUUCCAUCAGUGGAGAAACACAAAAUACGAUUUUAAAUCAUGUACAAACAUGCAAAUUGAGUAUUGUGUGCGCAAUGAAACACAAAGACAUUGAUCUUUUAGUCUAUUAUUUUAAUAAUUUCAAGAUCUUAAAUGGCUUGUUAAAGGAAAAUUUUGUUCGAGAUGCAUAUGAAGAUUCAAUACGAUUUGUAACUGAGACGAUUGAGCAGUAUAGUCACGAUACGAUGAAAAAAUUUAAUCGUAACUUGUCUAGUCAAGAUGGAUUGAAAGAUGAGGAAAUAGAAGAAUACAAAAUUGCUUAUAAUUAUAUGGAGAAAACUGAAAAUUUAAGAGAACAUUUGGGAUCAACAUUUUUAUCUAGUGAAAUAUUAAUUGAAAACAUUCUUUGUGAACUUGAAAAAAUAAGUAGUACUUUGAAAGAACAAGAUUUGUGUAGUUCUUCAAUCGGAAUAUAUUUAAAUAAUAUUAAUUUACUUAAAAAUUCGUUCAAGCAACUUGAAUCACAUUAUAUAAAAGUAUGUCAAGAUUGUUCCGAACGGUUCCAAUCAACAUUGAUAGAAUCCAUAGCAGAACUAAUUUCAAAAAAUGAAUUUCAACGAGUAGCUGAAAGAAUGUUUAUCAUAUGGAAAUGUUUACCUGUUUUAAAUCAUCAUUUAAAUGGACAAAUCGAGAAAAACUAUUGUGAUAUUAUUAAAAUGAUUUCACAACAUUUGAUUAGUUUUUCUGAAAAAGUCAAUAUCAUUUUGAUAAAAAUCACAUUGAAUAAUAAUGAUAUAGAAAUUCUUAAAAAUUAUAUGAUAUUAUUGAGAACAGCUGAAGAAACAACUUUGCUUCAAGAACAAAUUUCAAAAUAUAUAGAAAUCAUGAAAGCAAAAAAUGAAAUUUCUAUUGAAACAAUAAAAGAUUUGGGUCAAAUUCACGAAGAAUUUAUUUUAAAAAUUGUCACAUAUUUUGAUGAGAUUAAUUCACGGAUAAACGAUCUUUUGAAAAAAGAUUUUUAUUAUACACUUGAAAAUGUUGAACACUUAGUUAUGCAAAUGGAAAUGAUUCGUACAUUACCAAAUAUUGAAUCGAAAACGGUCCAAACAUUUUACCAAACUAUACAAAAUAUUUGUAGUUGUAUUCAGCAAAUGCAAAGAAAUGCCGAAGAUUUGCUUCAUACUCUUGAUUGUCAACCAGGAAUGAUCAAUUUUAGAUAUCUUGCACGAUCAUUACUACAGUUGAAAAAGACUCAAUGGAUCGAUCGCAUUUAUCCCGGUACUUAUGAUUUGACGAUGCGUCAUAUUAGAGAAGAAUUAGAAGAACGUGCUUAUCAACUAGAAAAUAGUUUGAAAAAAUUGGAUUUUACUCUAAAAUCUCCACAAAAUAUUCUUUUAGCACAGAAUAUCAUUGAAAAAAUUGAAUCACUGAAUGUAUUAGAAAGUACCAUUCCACAAUUAGAGAAAUAUCGACAAAGAAUAAAUCAAUAUUUUAUUCAAGCUACAAACGAAGUUUUCGAUCAAAUUAAAAAAACUUUUGAUUUAACAGAUAAAACAAUAGAUCAUUUUAAACAGGAAUUAAUCAUACUAGAAAAAAUAAAAAAUGAAUAUGAUCAUUUUUAUCCAUCUCGUUCUUAUUUACGACAAUUUGGCUAUACAGAUAUAAAUAUAUUAAAUCUAGAUAUUGAAAAUUUAAAAUUUCAACAAGAAGAACAACUGAAAGAAAGAGAACAUGAAAAACGUCAAUUGGAAUCUCAAUUAAAUGAUUUAAAUAGAACUAUUCGACAUAAUAUACUUUUAAAUCCAUUGAGAGCAUAUUUUGGAAUGAUUCAUAGAUUUAUUUCAAACAUAAUAAUUCCAAAUCAGCAACAUGAAACUCAACUAAAUCAAUAUUUGAAACAAGUGCGGUAUGAAAUAUUGAAUAAAACUAUGAUGAAAAAUCAAGAAGAUUAUAAUAAAUUAUUAGAAUUGAUUGAACAAAAGAAUACAGAAUUUAAUACGACUUUAAAUCAUCUUGAAUCAAUCAAAGAAGAAUAUCUUUCGUUAUUAGCUUCAAGUAAUUCGAUUUCUCCUAACGAAAUUGAUUUUCUACAAGAGAAAGGGCAAACGACUUAUGAAAUACUUGAACAAACUAUUCAAGUAAAAACGAACAUUCUUAUUGAAUAUGAGAAAUAUAAGCAAACAUAUUAUUUUACUGACAAAUUAAAUGUAUCUGUAGCAAAUAAUGCAUUGAUAUACAUGAGUAACUGCAAAAAACUAUGGCGUCAUCCUGUCAACGAAGUAUCAGAGGAUAUUAAUGAGUUUUUGAGAAAGUAUUUAGAAGAGUAUGGUAAUUUUCUCGACAAGGAGUUCGAGAGAAAUUUUACCCAUAUAACAAAUAUUGAUGAAAGUUAUUGUAAUCAAUAUUUAGGAGAUUUAGAAAUUCGUUGUCAAGAAAUAUCAUCUCUCGAUAGCUAUUUAUUUGUUUUCGAAAGUCUGCGUGGAGCCGACAAAAUUGAUCGUUGGCAUCGACAAUUGUUCAAUUAUUAUCAUGUUCUUGAGAAUGAAAUGGAAAUUUGUAAAAUUUCUGGUAGAUAUCAAGAAUUAAGAACUUUUUUGAUGAUCGCUCAAUCUUUGAGCCGUUUAGAUUGUUUUGGUAAAAUUAUAGUUGCAGAUAAUAGAUUUCGACAUUUAUAUAAGCAAUAUCAAAAUGACAUUGCCAUUGAAUCGCGAGAAGCUUAUAUCAGGGUAAUAGAUUGUAUAUCAAACGGAGAUUAUUCAAAUGCAGAUCUAUCAUUAUCUGAUUUUAUUGAAUAUUCGUCCAAUUCGAAAUUCUUAGCUCAUAUUAAACAUGAUUUAGAGAGCUCUUUGAGUAAAGUGAUAAAAAAUACCAAAAAUUGUGCACAUUGGCUUGAUGGAAGAAUCGAACGGAAGGAAGAUAACAGAGCUAAAAUUAGAGAAGUUAAUGAAAAUAUUGAAAAAAUUCAAAUAGUUCUAAAUCGACAUUCCAUUAUGACAUUGAUUGAUGAAAAAUCAAAAAUUAUUCUUCUAAAUUUUCAAAACGAAAUUAAUGAAAUUUUAUCGAAAGCUAUUUUAAAUGGAAUUCAUAAAAUUCACAUGUUUAUCGAUCAGAAUAGUUUUCUUGAAGCUGAACAUUCGAUGGAAAAUCUUAUCCCUGCACAUAAUGGAUUAGUCGAUCAUUUUACAUCAAAAUUUGUAAGUAACAAAAUAGAAGAAUUAAAACUAAGAUUGAAUACUCUAGAUACGGAUAUUUUACAACAUUAUGAUUUUGUAGAUACUAAUAAUUAUUCUAUGAAUCCACCUAAAGAUCUUUUAGCUCAAUUAAAAAAAGUUGCUUCAAAUGGUUAUCCGAGAUAUAAUCAAGUUUAUAAUUCCUUAAUGGGGAAAAUUCGAAUAGAUUUUGAUCUAGCUAUAGAUAAAGUUCGUGUAAAUUCUUUGAAUGAUCGUUAUACUAAAAUACAAUCAAUCAAAUAUGCAUUUCUAUUUUUACCAGAAGAAUUAAAACCCAUAUUUCAAUUACAAAUCGAUGAAUUAAACUUGUUGAAUAUCGAUGAACAGACCCCAUUUGAGUUUGAUUAA